GUCAAAACUCGGAGAGUCGGCCGCUCAGGCUGCUGCAGCCUGGGGCACGCUGAAUUCGGAGGGAUCAGGUGCUGUUUCUGGAAUUCUCCCCGACCUCACCUCCACCAGCGUGAACAAAUAAAGUUUGAACCGGCUUCUCCAUGGCCUGGGCACCCCUUCCCGGCUGAGCCAUUUUCUUUUUGGCUGAAAGCCCCCGCCCAGAGGCCGAUUCGUCGCGGCGGCGGUGGGGAAUCGCAGGUCGCUCAGGCUUGCAGAUGGGUCAGGGGCUGUGGAGAGUCGCCAGAAACCAGCAGCUACAGCAGGAAGGCUACAGUGAGCAAGGCUACCUCAGCAGAGAGCAGGGCAGGAGGAUGGCUGCCAGCAGCAUUUCUAACACCAGUCAUCGCAAACAAGUCCAAGGGGGCAUUGAUAUAUAUCAUCUUUUGAAGACAAGGAAAUCGAAAGAACAGGAAGGAUUCAUUAAUUUGGAAAUGUUGCCUCCCGAGCUAAGCUUUACCAUCUUGUCCUACCUGAAUGCAACUGACCUCUGCUUAGCUUCCUGUGUUUGGCAGGACCUGGCCAAUGAUGAACUUCUCUGGCAAGGGUUGUGUAAAUCCACUUGGGGUCACUGUUCCAUAUACAAUAAGAACCCACCUCUAGGAUUUUCUUUUAGAAAAUUGUACAUGCAGCUGGAUGAAGGCAGCCUCACCUUUAAUGCUAACCCAGAUGAGGGAGUGAACUACUUUAUGUCCAAGGGCAUCCUAGAUGAUUCACCAAAGGAAAUAGCAAAGUUUAUCUUCUGUACAAGAACACUAAAUUGGAAAAAACUCAGAAUCUAUCUUGAUGAAAGGAGAGAUGUCUUGGAUGACCUUGUAACACUGCAUAAUUUUAGAAAUCAGUUCUUGCCCAAUGCACUGAGAGAAUUUUUUCGUCACAUCCAUGCCCCUGAAGAGCGCGGAGAGUAUCUUGAAACACUUAUAACAAAGUUCUCACAUAGAUUCUGUGCUUGUAACCCUGAUUUAAUGAGGGAACUUGGCCUUAGUCCUGAUGCUGUCUAUGUACUGUGCUACUCUUUGAUUCUACUUUCCAUUGACCUCACUAGCCCUCAUGUGAAGAAUAAAAUGUCAAAAAGAGAAUUUAUUCGAAAUACCCGCCGUGCUGCUCAGAACAUUAGUGAAGAUUUUGUGGGGCACCUUUAUGACAACAUCUACCUUAUUGGCCAUGUGGCUGCAUAAGAGCACAAUUGCUAGGACUUUAACUUUUAACUUCAAACUAAAACUACCCAAGGACUUAUUUAGAGGAUAUGGGGGUUACAUUAGUGCUGGUCAUUCUAGCCUCUGUAUACAAUCAAGCUUGAGUGUACAACCUUUUUUUCUUUUACUCUUUUCUUUUUUAGUAAUUUCCUUGGGGAACUAAAGAAUUUUGCAGAAUUUUUCUUAAUUUUGCUUAUCAUGUUUUGCACAAAGCAGAGCCAUUGUCUGACACAGCUGUUUAAGAAUGUUAAACUGACAUUAUACUCUAAAAAAGAUGGUAUAUUUGUGCAUUAGAUUUGCCUGAAAAACUUUAUUCAUUUCCAUUCUUUUUUAAAAUACCAUGUAAUGUGUACAUAUUUAACUAAAAAGAUUUAUAAUCAUAAUUAUUUUAUUGUAAAGAUUUUAACUAAAGCCUUUCCUUUUUCUCUCAAA